AUGAUAGCCCGGAUCCCGGGCUCGCUCUGGGGCAGAGCUUUGCGCAGCCGACUCGUCGUCGCACAGCAGCAGCGUUUUGCGCGCACACCCCAGUCCCUGACAGCGAGAUCAUUACCGAGCCUUGCGCGAGCCUAUUCCACAGCCCCCGACCCCGCCGAACAACCCGCUGCCGCCGCCGACCAUGAAGAACCCGAGCAACAACCCGCCGCACCGACCUCCAUGCCACAGCAGCCCGCCCGCUUUGCGAACCGCUCAGGCCGGCUUAGUUUUCUGGACACUCGCAAUCUCGGCGAGAAGGCAGAAGGCGAUCUGCUGAUGGCCAUUGCGUCGCGACUGUCGCCCGAUGUCGACGCGCCUGGCGAUUCGAUCUUGCCGUCGGGCCUGUCUCGCAAGGUGCUUGCGUCCCAGCUGGAUCGCUCGCGGAAGGGCAUCAAUAUCGAGCUGAAGUGGUUGAAGGAUCCGCGCGAGUUGGCGGACCGUGUUGGGCGGGUCUUGCAGCUGGGCGACCCAGCGCUUGCGGUGGCGCUCAUUCGCGGCGCCCAGAAAAAUAAGAUGAAGUGUGAUGUUGCCUGGAACCAUCUUUUGGCGUAUUGUAUGGAUCGGAAUCAGCCUCGGGUGGCUUUCAAGUUCUAUAAUGAUAUGAAGAAACGCGGCCGCAAACCAAAGGAAACGACGUAUACCAUCAUGCUUCGAGGAUUUAGUCGGGCCUCCAAGUCCAAGGAAGUUGUUAAAACCGCCUACUCCGUCUACCGCUCGAUCUCUGCUCCCAACUCGGCUGUCAAGCGCAGCACCAUCCACACCAAUGCCAUGCUUACCGUCUGCCAUCGCCACGAAGAUAUGAAUAUGCUGUGGCGGAUUGCCGGAGAUCUUCCGGAGGAGGGACCAGGAGCACCGGAUAUGGCGACCUACACUAUUAUCUUGACAGCCCUGCAAUUUGCCGCCGCCAGGGAUGUCAAGGCGCUGGGCCCGGACCAAAUCGAUAAGAUCCUCGAGCGAAAAGCUCAAGCUGUCCGAGAAGGCAAGCGUGUCUGGGCCGAUAUUGUGUACCGAUGGACCCACGAACACUUGACGCUGGACAACAAGGUGGUUCACGCCAUGGCUACUCUGCUGCUGGAGGGUGCUAGUGACCGUGACUGCUACGACGUCCUGACACUGUAUAACCAAACCAUGGGUAUUCCAAUUUUGCAAGAGAAGCCGCCCCCAAUUCCCAGUUCUUUUAAGGCCAGGGUCAAUUCUGGACGGAUUAUGCAAGAUACCUCUUCUGCUCCUCCCCCUCCUCCUAAGAGGCAGCCGGUGGAAGACGUUCCGUUCGUGGACGACGACAACCAGUUACUGGAACUGGCAAAGGCGGAAGAGGAUGGAGUUGAGCCUGCUGUUGAUGAACAGCAACCAGAAGAGGAGAUGGAAGAGGAGGAAGAGGAAUCCUUCGAGGACUUGUUUGACCCUGUCGUUCCACAGGAAGCAGACCUAUCAUACCUCCAACCCGACAACAAGGACCUCACCGUCAUUUUGGAUGCUUGUUUCACCAUGACCCAAGGGACGGCGGCCGGCAUGGCCUACUGGAGACAUUUGACCUUGGGCGAAACCGACCACCACGUCGCUCCCGACCCUGUUUCUUUCCUUCAGUAUCUGCGUCUUCUCCGUAUCUCGCGGUCCAGCUUCGCCGCAGUUAAAGUUAUGCGGGAUCAGAUGGUCGCCUCCAAACAAGCUAACGGAAAAGCCUUCCACGUGGCUCUCUCAUCCUGUCGUCGUGACCGCCGCAACCCUUCGGUGUUGUUGUAUGCGAAUGAACUACUCUCGUUGAUGCACCAGUCCCUGAUUCUUCCCGACCCCCGAGCCCUGGAAGGGUAUCUGGAGCUGAUCCAGAUCCUCUCCAAUAACCCGGAGUCUCUGCUAGCGAUGAACGGCCUGGGCGCAGACGAAGGCCUCGAGGCCCGCAGUCUACAGAAUCUGGGCAAGAAGCUACAGGUCAAGCUGCGGCUCGUUGCUCUGGCCACGCUGCGUCCGCACAUCAACCAGCUGCACGAGGCCAUGGAGUACGGCAAGCCGUCGCCCAAGGGCCGCUGGUCCGCGCUCCAUCAGCCCGAGAUUGUCUUUGGCAUGGUUGCUGCUAAGGUCAUGGCCCGCGCGCGCAUGUUGAUUGACGAUACCCUCAAAAUCGAGUACAUGCUGUUCGUCCCGAAGAGUGACCGCAAGACCCUGGAGUCAGAGUCGCGCAUGCUGCGCAAGUACUCUGACAAGGAAACUGUCGCCAAAUUCAGGUCGCAGAAUAUCUUCCCUACCAUCGAGCAGAAGAACAGGUUCCUUCAACGCUCUUGA